AGGUGAAGCGAGUGAGGGAUUCUUCUGGGGUGCAGAGUUUUAAAAGGGGCGCAAAAAAGCCUCCGUAAUUGUAUUCAUUUGCUAGGUCUGCUGUAGCACAGUACCACAAAUUGGGUGACUUAAUACCACAGAAACACAUUCUCUCACAGUUCUGAAGCCUAUAAAUCCUAGAUAAAGGUGUCGGCAGAGCUGUGCUCCCUCUAAAGGGAAGAAUCCUUCCCUGCAUUGUCCUAGCUUCUGGAGGAUCCCACUAAUCCUUGGCUCGUAGCAGCAUAACUCCAAUCUCUGCCUCUGUCUUCACAUGGCUUGUUCCCCUGUGUGUCUGCUCUGUGUCUCUCUGUGUCUCUGCUCUGUGUCUCCAGAUCCCACUCUCCUUUCAGGACACCCAUCAAUGGGUUUAGGGUUAACCCUAAUCCAGUGUGACCUCAUCUUAACUAAUUACAUCUGCAAAGAUCCUAUUGCCAAAUAAAGUCACAUUCUGAAGUUCUGGGUAGAUAUGAAUUUUGAAGUGUCCCUAUUCAGCCCACUACAGCAAUCAAGUUUAAUAAUACCGUAAUACAACAUUUAAAAAAAUUAAAAUUAAUGUAAAAAUAUGAUGAAUAAAAUGUCAAAAAUUUAAAUAAAGAUGAUCUGACAGGGCUGGGAUUAGGGUAAGCCAAGUGAGAAGAGUGGCACAAGUACAAAACUGGAUAGAUUGUCUCUUUAUUUGAAAUUUUGAUGUUUUGUUUAUGGGAGUGUUUUGCAUGGAGUUUAAAAUGUAUUGCAAUAUUAUUUACCUUGAUCACUAAGAUUCUGGCACCACUUAUAUUUUUCACCAAAGUGAGUAUCUCACAUGUUGCGUCCUAGUUGUAGCCCUGCUUUCGCACAGCAUGGUGGCUGGGUUCUAAUGGCGAGCACCCCAAGAGAGCUGUAUUAUCUUUUUUCAAAAUCCACCACAUUCUGUUCAAUAGAAGUGAGUCACUGAUGUGAGCUCAUAUUCAAAGGGAGGGAAGUUUGACUCCUCUCGAUGGUAGAAAUGGCAAAGAAUUAGCAGAUAUAUUUGAAAUCCAUAUUUAAGAUAUCUAUUUGUCUUUUCUGCAGUGCUCUUCUACACAGCCUAAUCUUUCCCUUAUGAACGGACUAGGCCUGUUAAUACAAUCUAGGAGGGGUGGCUUGUGGGAGGCUCUUCUGAAGCCUGGUUAGAGAGAAGUGACAUUGAAAGAGAAUAAGGUCCUAACUCACCACUGUGUCACUCUCCUAAACUCAGAAACCUUCAGUCCCUUGCUGUUUCUUGGUUUAUCAAGUUGAAACUCCGAUGCCUGGCUCUUGAGAGCCUUCAUUUUGACUCUGUCCUUUACAAGGCAACAUUGUUUUUUCACUAGCAGACACAUAUGUGACAGUGAUUGAGCUCUUGUCUCUUGUCUCCAAACCUGCCCUUCUCUACAGAGCUUGGCUAUGCAGAGCCAAGGCUCUGCAAGCACAUUUCAGCUUUGCCAGCUGCCCCCUGUUAGGGGGCGCCAGAGGGAACUGGGAGCCUGAAUAACAAAGAAAAGAUUCCUCCUUCCUGUUUGUUUAUGGAACUUUUCUGGGGGCUUCCUGUUGACCUCCAUUCUUUCUGAGGGGGCUCAGCAGCAGCAGUAGUUUCUUCCCACAGCAGCUCAGUCCGGUUUGCAGUUUACCAAGACUUGAAGAGGCAGCUUCAUUGUACUCCCGAGAGACAUCAGUACCAGCAGGACACUUCCCUUCCUCAGAUUAUAGUGGGACCAUGGAUCUGUUUGGAGACAUAGAUGACAUUUCUUCAGAGAGUGACAGGGACAAUCAGCCACCCAUUUCAGGACAGCCUGUUACUGAUGGACGUGGAGUGCCUCAGGACCAGCAGGAGGAAGAGCCAAUUUCUGAAACCAAAAUAGAAGUAGAAAUUCCCAGCAUCAACUAUGAUUUAGGAAAUGAAUUGUACUUUGUUAAACUACCCAAAUUUCUCAGCAUAGAACCCAAGCCUUUUGAUCCUCAGUAUUAUGAAGAUGAAUUUGAAGAUGAGGAAGUGCUUGAUGAAGAAGAUAGAACCAGGUUAAAAUUAAAGAUAGAAAAUACUAUACGAUGGAGGAUACGCCGGGACAAAGAAGGAAAUGAAAUUAAAGAAAGCAAUGCUCGGAUAGUCAAGUGGUCCGAUGGAAGCCUGUCCCUGCAUUUAGGCAAUGAGGUGUUUGAUGUUGACAAGGCCCCGAUGCAGGGCAAUCACAACCAGCUGUUCAUUAGGGAAGACACUGGUCUGCAGGGACAAGCCAUCUUUAAGUCCAAACUCACCUUCAGACCUCACGCUACAGACUGUGCCACACUUAGAAAGAUGACCCUGCUACUUGCUAACAGAUGCUCAAGGACACAGAAGAUUAGAAUCUUACCGAUGGCUGGUCGUGACCCUGAAUGCCAGCGCACAGAGAUGGUUCAGAAAGAAGAAGAACGUUUGAGGGCGUCUACUCACCAGGAGACCAUCCAUCUGUGGGAAAAGCAGAACCAGCGGGGGCCGAGUGCCCCCUACCAGGGCCCCAGCAGUGGUGAGGAGGGAGAAGCCAGCAAGAACCAUGGCCGAGAGGAGAGGGCCAGAAUCUAUUCUUCAGAGAGUGAUGAGGGACCAGAUGAAGAUAAGGCUCAAAGGUCGCUGAGAGCAAAGAAGCUCACCAGUGAUGGGGAGGUGAACCCUCCAGAAAGAGGAAAGCAGGCAGCGAAGAAGAAGAGGAUGACUGAAGUGUGAAACGCGUGCUUGCUGUAAGUAUGGUUUUCAACUGUUUGUUUUUAAACAAUGAUGAAAUGACUUGUUUUGAUUGAAGGGGGGAAUUGAGUUGCUUUUGCAUAAUCCUAGUUGUGGUUAAAAAAUGUUCAGAAGCAAGUCUGUGACUUUAGAAAAUACAUUCUUCCCAAAUGAGAAGUUUAUUUUGGUAACUGUUUGCUCUGGGUCUUGGGUUUCCUUGUCCGAGCAGGUACAGCACGGGAGGGCUCGCUGGAGACUCGGUGCUUUGCCAAGUGCUGCAUGGGCCUUACCAGUUCUAAUCCUCAGAACAACUCAAAGGGCAGCUGCUGUUAUUCUCAUUUUACAGACAUGGAAGCUGAGUUAGAACUUAAGACCUCUGUCCAAAGCUUUUUCUUAAGUUAAAAACAAAAACAAAAACAUUUUUGAGACAAGAGUCGGGAACUUAUUUGCACAGCAGUCACACUGCUGAACAGAUACAUUAGUGACCUUAUGGAGAAAGACACCCAAAAUAUCUGAGAGAAAUGGUCACCAAAAGGUUUAGAGAAAAAAGAGCAGUGGGAAACAAAACACUAGAUUUGACUUCUAGCUUUGUGACUGGUGCAAUAGCUGGAACAUAAUAGAUGCAUAAAAAGUGUUUAUUGAAUGAACAAGCCAAUGAUAUUAUCUUGGGGAAGUUAUUCAACUUCUCUGAAGUCAGUUUGCUCAACUUGAUGGGAUUUGGACUUGACCAUGUAAAUUCUUCAUGAUUUAAUGUUUAUAUUCCUCUACCUCUGAGAGUUGAAUACUAAUUAGAUACGUUUUUUUAGAAGUCUUUUGUUAAAUAGAAAUGGUCAAAGGAAAGGAAAUGGCCCAUCAUCUUACCACGCAGAAAACCUGGAUAUAUAUUAUAUUUCCCUCCCUUUUAUAUUUUUAAAGUAUAAUUUCAUAGUUGUGCAGUAAACACAGACAUAAUUAGCACCCGCUCCAGAAAGGCCAUUUAGAGACUCAUCCAGAAUGCUGAGAAGUACUAGCACAGUUCAAUCAUAAAGUCGGCUAUUCUUCUUUUUUUUUAAUUUUAUUGAAGUAAAGUUGAUAUAC